GGUGGAGGUUGCUCCGGAGCACGUUGGGAUUAAAGCUGUGAUCGACACCAGCGUGACGCACGGGGGAGAGAAGUGCAGGCGCGUUGGAUGAGAGCCGGUGGCACCAGGUGGAGAUGCUGCAGGACCUCGCUGUGUGAGGAGGAUGCUCCGGUCUUGCUUCCCGGUGGCGUGCGCGACAACUUUGGACUGAGAUAUCGCAGAGGAGCGUGUUCGCGUGCGUGGGAUGUAUUUCCUCCAAAUGCAAGAAGAAGAAGGAGAAGAAACAAUCAAGUGGACCUAGUUUUGUGCCGUGAAGAGAUUUUUUUGUAUUGCGUCGCGGAGAGGAGCGAACAAAAGCGUGCGUCAGGCUCAACACGAAUGUGGGUAAACAAGUAUGACGGCCUGUUCGGACGCUGUCUCGUGUCUGUUGAUGAGUAGCGACAGAAUCACAGACCUCGGAUGAGCUCUGGGAGGUGAUUGAUUACAGUAGCCGUCGCGUGGAGAGAGGGGGGGUCUGACCCAGGCAGCGCAUCCAUCUCCCGCGGCCGCGCGUAAUGGGAGAAAAGUUUCGGAACCUUUCCGAGGAGACGCACACGCAGCUUCCGCGCGCGGCUCGUCUAUAACAUGUGGAUCCAGCUCCCGCGUCUGCGCAGCACCAAGUUUGAAAGUGAAUUCCAAGCGUCCAGGAUGACUUGAAACCGGAGGUCAGAGGUCCAUCAGAACUCGCAUCAAGCCGGAGAACGAUUCAUGACGCGGAUUGUCCAAAGACGCGCAGACGGACAUUGAUGAUCUAGAGAGGAUUUCUCCUCCUCCUCCUCCUCCUCCUCUUCCUCCUCCUCCUUCCUCUUCUCCUGCAGCAGCAGGAGCAUCAGCAGCGGUGCAUUGAAAGCCUGAUCCCGGUUAAAGAGAGAGGUCCCCCCCCCCCCCCUGGAUGUCUAUGAUGUUGUGCCAGCUCGGGCAGAGGGGUGUGAUGGAGGUGGUGGUGCUGACCGUCCUGUCCUGGGUGUCCGUGUGGGCAGAGGAGAAGAUCAUAUUCGACCGACACGCUGUCUACUGGAACAGCUCCAAUCCCAAGUUCUGGCACGGAGAGUACAGGGUGGCAGUGAACAUCAAUGACUACCUGGACAUCUACUGUCCUUACUAUGAGGGUCCUCCGUCCCACGGGCGCAUGGAGCGCUACAUCCUCUUCAUGGUCAACCACGAGGGCUACACUUCCUGCCAGCACAGGAUGCGUGGCUUCAAGCGCUGGGAGUGCAACCGUCCCAGCGGUCCUGAUGGACCCCUGCGCUUCUCAGAGAAGUUCCAGCUCUUCACCCCCUUCUCCCUGGGCUUUGAGUUCAGGCCCGGACAUGAGUACUACUACAUCUCGUCUCCUCACCCGAACCAUGUGGGGCGGGCGUGUCUAAAGCUGAAGGUGUAUGUCAGACCUCCAGAUGGGUCGGGAUAUGAUUCUCCGGAGCCCUUCCUGACUGAUGGAGGUCCGAGCUGGAGGCCAGGGUGCGUGGCCCUGUUAGCUGUUCUGGCCUCACUGGGACUCUCCUCCUGGCUGUGA